AUGUCUAUGUCAGAUAACAAGCAAACGAUCUAUUACAAAGAAUACAACAAAGACCAGAAUGAAUCCAUCAUCUUUCUGCAUGGUGGCGGAGGAAGCCAUAUUGAGUGGAAACAUGUUGCGAGCCAACCAGCUAUGGCAUCGUACCAUCUUAUACUCGUGGAUCUACCAAUGCACUCAGAAUCCCAUGACAUCAAACCUUUCACGCUAGAAAAUGCAGCCGAUAAAGUACAAGAGGUCAUUCACAACCAAGCUCACGGUGGUAAAGCCCAUGUUGUUGGAUUCUCCCUAGGCGGAUUCGUCGCCUUGUUCCUUACCUCGCGCCACCCGGACAUUGUUCUAUCCACCUUGGCAACUGGUGCAUACCCAUACCGAGGCCUGUUCAAAUGGGUUAUGGAAAGACCAACAGCGAUGUGGAUCGUGGGAAAGUUACAGAGUAUUCCGGGCUUAACGGAAAGGGCUUUUAAAAGACAAGGAAUCGACUACGAAGAAUGGAUGACGGAACAAGAGAAGAACAAGUCACCAGAGAGAGAUGAGGCAAUGAGAAGGGAGUUGAUUGAGUUCAGUAUGGAGGAUGUCAAGGCUGUUGGUGACGCUGGGGUGAGAACUUGUGUUGUUGCAGGCGGCAAGAUGGAUCAAGUUGAAGCGAUAAAAGAAAUGGGAGUUGUAUUGCGAAAGGGAGGAGACGAGAAGGGAGUUAUGAAUGAAGCGAUUGUGGUAAGAGAUGCCUAUCACCCUUGGCAUUUGCAGUUGCCAGAGUUGUUUGCGUCUGGUGUUGCUGCUUGGGUGGGAAACAAAGAGUUGCCAAAGGAAUUCGAGAGACUAUAG